UCCGGGUCGGUUGCUGUGGCCACGUCACCCUCGGCCUCUGCUCUCCAACCAGGCAGUGGAUGGUGGGAGUCAAGAUGGCGGCAGCUAGUAUUCGAGAGAGACAAACAGUGGCUUUGAAGCGUAUGUUGAAUUUCAAUGUGCCACAUGUUAAAAACAGCACUGGAGAACCGGUAUGGAAGGUGCUCAUUUAUGACAGAUUUGGCCAAGAUAUCAUCUCUCCGCUGCUAUCCGUGAAGGAACUGAGGGACAUGGGAAUUACUCUGCAUUUGCUUUUGCACUCUGAUCGAGAUCCUAUUCCAGAUGUUCCUGCUGUGUAUUUUGUAAUGCCAACUGAAGAAAAUAUUGACAGAAUAUGCCAGGAUCUUCGGAAUCAACUCUAUGAAUCAUAUUAUUUAAAUUUUAUUUCUGCUAUUUCAAGAAGUAAAUUGGAAGACAUUGCAAAUGCAGCAUUAGCAGCUAAUGCAGUACCACAAGUAGCCAAGGUUUUUGAUCAAUAUCUCAAUUUUAUUACUUUGGAAGAUGAUAUGUUUGUGUUAUGUAAUCAAAAUAAGGAGCUUGUUUCAUAUCGUGCUAUUAACAGGCCAGAUAUCACAGACACAGAAAUGGAAACUGUUAUGGAUACUAUUGUUGACAGCCUCUUCUGCUUUUUUGUUACGCUGGGUGCUGUUCCUAUAAUCAGAUGUUCAAGAGGAACAGCAGCAGAAAUGGUAGCAGUGAAACUAGACAAGAAACUUCGGGAAAAUCUAAGAGAUGCAAGAAAUAGUCUUUUCACAGGUGACACACUUGGAGCUGGCCAAUUCAGCUUCCAAAGGCCUUUAUUAGUCCUUGUUGACAGAAACAUAGAUUUGGCAACUCCUUUACACCAUACUUGGACUUAUCAAGCAUUGGUGCACGAUGUACUGGAUUUUCACUUAAACAGAGUAAAUUUGGAAGAAUCUUCAGGAUUGGAAAAUUCUCCGGCUGGUGCUAGACCAAAGAGAAAAAACAAAAAGUCUUAUGAUUUAACUCCAGUUGAUAAAUUUUGGCAGAAACAUAAAGGAAGUCCAUUCCCAGAAGUUGCUGAAUCAGUUCAGCAAGAACUAGAAUCUUACAGAGCACAGGAAGAUGAAGUCAAACGGCUUAAAAGCAUUAUGGGACUAGAAGGGGAAGAUGAAGGAGCCAUAAGUAUGCUUUCUGACAAUACUGCUAAGCUAACAUCAGCUGUUAGUUCUUUGCCAGAGCUCCUCGAAAAAAAAAGACUUAUUGAUCUCCACACAAAUGUUGCUACUGCUGUUUUAGAACAUAUAAAGGCAAGAAAACUAGAUGUGUAUUUUGAAUGUGAAGAAAAAAUAAUGAGCAAAACUACUCUGGAUAAAUCUCUUCUAGAUAUAAUAUCAGACCCUGAUGCAGGAACUCCAGAAGAUAAAAUGAGGCUGUUUCUUAUCUAUUAUAUAAGUACACAGCAGCCACCUUCUGAGGCUGAUUUGGAGCAAUACAAAAAAGCCUUAACUGAUGCAGGAUGCGACCUUAAUCCCUUGCAAUAUAUCAAACAGUGGAAGGCUUUUGCCAAAAUGGCCUCAGCUCCUGCCAGCUAUGGCAACACUACCACUAAAUCAAUGGGUCUCUUAUCACGAGUCAUGAAUACAGGAUCACAGUUUGUGAUGGAAGGAGUGAAGAACCUGGUUUUGAAACAGCAAAAUCUACCUGUUACUCGUAUUUUAGACAAUCUCAUGGAGAUGAAGUCAAACCCCGAAACUGAUGACUAUAGAUAUUUUGAUCCCAAAAUGCUACGGGGCAAUGACAGCUCAGUUCCAAGAAACAAAAAUCCAUUCCAAGAGGCAAUUGUUUUUGUGGUGGGAGGAGGCAACUACAUUGAAUAUCAAAAUCUUGUUGACUACAUAAAGGGGAAGCAAGGUAAACACAUUUUAUAUGGCUGCAGUGAACUUUUUAAUGCUGCACAGUUCCUGAAACAGCUGUCACAACUUGGACAAAAAUAGCACAGAAGAACUUUAACAUGAGAAUCUACUCGGACUUGGAUAAAUGUAAAAAGAAGAACCUUAACGUGAGAAUCUACUUGGACUUGGAUAAAUGUAAAAAAAGUCAAAAGAGCCAGAUGUUUCCUUCUCCGUAUCAGUGUCCUAACGGUGAAACUUAGAGUUUGUUAAUUUUUAAGGAAAUUCUAUACUUAAUAUAAUGUGUACUGAUUAUAAGAAUAAAGCAUUUCAGAAAUAAAUUUUUAACAUUGUACAUUCUCCUGUUAUCUUUGACAAAUGAGAAUACUUGGAAGGAAAGAAAGUUGUCUAAAUUAAUGUUGAAUUGUUAA